ACUUCUUGGAAAUUUUACUAUUUAUGAGGGUGGCUCCUCCUUCUCUUUCAAUCCUUUGAUUAAAUAGCUUCCCCUCCAAAGGCUUUUGAAGUGGAAGCGGUACUUCUGCCAGAAACAGCUCUCCCCAGCAUGAACGCCGCACCCCUCCCCGUGGCCAGGGCAGCCAGCCUUCUCCUCGGUUUCUUGCUUCUGCUUCUCUUCUGUCUAGACCACGGUGUGCUAGCCAAGGAGUUGAAGUUUGUCACAUUGGUAUUUCGGCAUGGAGACAGAAGUCCCAUUGAAACCUUUCCUAACGACCCCAUUAAGGAAUCCUCAUGGCCACAAGGAUUUGGCCAACUCACCCAGCUAGGCAUACAGCAGCAUUAUGAACUUGGAGAGUAUAUAAGAAAAAGAUACAGCAAAUUCUUGAAUGAGUCCUAUAACCACCAACAGAUUUAUAUUCGAAGCACAGAUGUUGACCGGACCUUGAUGAGUGCCAUGGCAAACCUUGCAGCCCUGUUUCCCCCAGAAGGUACCAGCAUCUGGAACCCCAACCUGCUCUGGCAGCCCAUCCCCGUGCACACAGUCUCUCUUCCUGAAGAUCGGUUGCUAUACCUGCCUUUCAGGAACUGCCCUCGUUUUCAAGAACUUGAGAGUGAGACUUUGAAAUCAGAGGAAUUCCAGAAGAGGCUGCAUCCUUAUAAGGAUUUUAUAGAAACCUUGCCAAAACUUUCAGGAUUCCAUAGCCAGGAUCUUUUUGGAAUUUGGAGUAAAAUCUACGACCCCUUAUAUUGUGAGAGUGUUCACAAUUUCACUUUACCCACCUGGGCCACCGAGGACACCAUAACUAAGUUGAGAGAAUUAUCAGAAUUGUCCCUCCUGUCCCUCUAUGGAAUUCACAAGCAGAAAGAGAAAUCUAGACUCCAGGGGGGUGUCCUGGUCAAUGAAAUCCUCAAUGACGUGAAGAGUGUAACCCAGGCAUCAAGCGACAGAAAACUUGUCAUGUAUUCUGCACAUGACACUACUUUGAGUGGCCUACAGAUGGCGCUAGAAGUUUACAACGGAAAGCUUCCUCCCUACGCUUCCUGUCACUUUAUGGAAUUGUACCUUGACAAGGGGCAGUACUUCAUGGAGAUGUUCUACCGGAAUGAGACCCAGCACGAGCCGCAUCCGCUCACACUACCAGGCUGCACCCAUAGCUGUCCGCUGGAGAAGUUUGCUGAGCUGGUUGCCCCUGUGCUCCCUCAAGACUGGUCUGCGGAGUGCAGGAUCACAAGCGACCACCAAGUUCUAAGGAUUGUCCUUGCCAUUGCCUUUUGCCUGGUAUCUGGUGUCCUGGUGGUGCUGCUGUUUACGGUUAUUCGCCAUGGGCCCUGCUGGCAGAGAGACUCCUAUGGGAACAUCUGAACAGAUGAUGGAACAAGAAGGGACAAGCCAGGCCAACCUCAUUGCUCAGUGAUGCAGCAUCUGAAGAACAGGCUUUUGCCAUGUGGGCAUUGCCCUGCCCACACCCUUCCUUCAGAACCUGCCUGGAGGAGGGUCUGAACUCACAGCGACCCAUGGAUAGCUGCUGGACUGACAGAUGAAUGAACACCCAGGCUACUUAGUUAGGUCUUCUCAUCAUUGCAUGAUAGUGCAGGCUGCUCAUUUGGCUAGAAAGAGGCACUUCUGCAGAGGAUAGUUGUAUUCUCUGACACAGAUGUCUAGAGAGAAAUAAGAAGACAAAUUCCAACCAGCUUUUGUCUGCAAAGAACAAAGGGUAAGAAAGUAGACAAAGACAUAGAUUAGAGAAAACUGGAUAAUGGAGAAAGUUAUAUUAAAAGUAGUAUUAUACAGGAUGAUUCUUAAAAAAUAAGACCCAAUCAGAAAUUAUAAACAUUUUCCUUAGCUAUUAAGUAGAUUUAACACACACACACACACACACACACACACACACACACACACACACACACACACACACACACAUAUACCCCUGAAAAGAAAUCCCUAUCCAGUGUUUGGUAGCUAACAGAUUUCUGUGUGUGUGUGUCUGUAUACUAACACACACAUAUACACAUAUCCAUAUUUAAAACACCUUCAGGAGAAGUAUUUAAUUCUCAGAAACUGUAAUAUCAACCAAUUUAGAUGUGACUCAGGUAACUUUCCCGCAAUUUCUAUAGUGAGAGUAACUGGAAAAUCCACAUAACCAUAGAUCUUGUUUACCUCCGCUAUCACAGCUAGGUAUUUAUACAGUUUUGAUUUCUUUAUUUCAUUUUAAAAUUAUAAGAUCUUACUUUGAUAAAUGCUAUUCAUGGCCAUGAUGACAUGAUAAUGUAUUUUAAUUGCCACAAACAGGUCUGAGGUAGAAAGAAAAGUGGACGGAGGGUUGGCUGCUCACUGCCCCAGCUCUGCACUGGCUUUGGGCCCACGACUCAGGACACGUUCUUUUCUACCUUAAAUUUUGGUUUCCUAAUCUAAAAAUAAAGAAUCUGGCUUAGAUGAACACAGAAGUCA